AAAAAUUAAUAAUUCAUACUUUUUCAUUUCUUUGCAGCUACAACAAAUUUUGUUGGCAAAUUCACUCAAAGCGUUCGACGAAUCGUCCAGGACGUCAAGGAUGAAGGUGCACCUAGUGGCAUGAGCCGCGAGGAGGUCAUCGAGACAAACGAACGCCUUCGAAAUUUACGCAUACGUCUGGAAGAAUCUUACGAUACGGCCAAACAAGCUUUAAUAACCCUCAUGAAUAAAUAUGGUGACUCGAAAUCACAGCGUAAUAUUUUUCAACGUUAUCCCAUGCUGAAAAUAAUGAUUAAGGAUGUAAUUCGACUGGAAACGCAAUAUUGGGCCCUGAUCGAUAUACCACGCCAGGAGAAACAAGAGACGGUACCCACCUAUGUGAUGCGUGCCUGUUCGAUUAUGGAAAAGACGCAGAAAUCCGGAGAAGGUGUAAAAACCUCCGCCAAAUUAGCAGAAGAAGCAGCGGAAAAGCGUGAACGCUUGGAACGAUUGGAAAAUAUGACCACCGCACAAAUUGAACAUGAAAAUAAUCAACUCAUAAAUGAUUUAUAUAGAUUACUUAAGAAAUAUUUAGGCCUUAGACAUUUAAUAAGAGUACUGAAGGAGGAAUACGGAAGUUCAAAACUCUAUCCCAUCUUUCCGCGUUACACCAUGCUCAAGGAUAUGAUUAAGGGUAUUAUGCACGAUCCCGACUAUAUGGAAAUAAGUAUACCAUUGGUUUUAAAUACGACAGGACAAAGUUAAUUUUGCUAAUCAUCAAUCAUACACCACCACCACCUACCUACCUACCUACAUUCACAAAACCCCAAAAAACCCACAAUUGAAUCCAGCUUGUUUUAAUUUGAUGGCAAAAAAGAAAUCGUACAUUGCUUUGGUAAAGAAAUAAUUAUAUUUUUCAUGCACACACCUCUAAAAAUAUUUGAUUUUCUUUUAUUGAUUUUAUAGAACUUAUUUUGUUUUGUUAUUUUUCCUUACCAUUCUAUACUAGCUUGUAGAACAAUUAGUAAUAAAUAAUUAUUGGA